CUUAUUUUUACCGAUAAGAUACGUACCAACUUAACGUAAAGAGUACAGUUUGCUAUUUAUAGAUCCAUCUGAAAAUUGAAAAUUGUACAUUGUACAUGUCUCAUAACGGUUCAAUUCAUAAGAGGACUCAAUCUUCUGAACCAUACAGUUCAGUAGAUUCAGAAAUCUUUAAUACUCAUGCAGCAUUUGAUGAAGAAAAUGAUGGAUUCUUACCUCAUACUCAUCAAGAUAUUAAGCAUAUACCGAGUCCUCAAAUUGAUGGAGGAGGAAGCAAUUCUUCUUCUUUAAAACCAACAUCUUUAAGAAAAAUUGAUAGACCAGCAUUUUUUGUCCUUGUUAUAUUAUAUUUAUUACAAGGUGUACCAGUUGGAUUAGCAUUUGGAUCAAUUCCAUUUAUAUUAAAAUCAAAAUUAUCUUAUGCUCAAGUUGGAAUAUUUUCUUUAGCAGCUUAUCCAUAUUCUUUAAAAUUAAUUUGGUCACCAAUUGUUGAUGCAUUUUAUUCACCAAAAAUUGGUAGAAGAAGAUCAUGGAUUAUACCAAUUCAAACAAUUUCUGGUUUAACAUUAAUUUAUUUAGGUAAAGGAAUUGAUUCAUUAUUAUUAAAUCCAAAAGAUAAUUUACCAACCAUAACUUUUUGUUUCUUUCUUUUAGUAUUCUUUUGUGCAACUCAAGAUAUAGCUGUUGAUGGUUGGGCAUUAACUUGUCUUUCUCCUGAUAGUUUAUCUUAUGCUUCAACAGCUCAAACUAUUGGAAUAAAUACCGGUUAUUUUUCAUCUUUUACUAUAUUUCUUGCAUUAAGUUCACCUGAUUUUGCUAAUUCUUAUUUAAGAGAUAUUCCUAUAGAUGAAGGAUUAUUUACUUUAGGUCAAUAUCUUAAAUUUUGGGGGUUUAUGUAUUUAUUAGUUACAUGUUUACUUUAUUUUAUUCCGGAAGAUCCUCCUCAUUUAGCUAAAAUUAAUCAAACUAAAUUAGCUAAUGAAAAAUUAAAGAAUGAUUCAAUUUAUAAUAAGAAAGCCAUUUAUUCAGAUUUACUUAAUGUAUACAAUUCAAUGUAUAAAGUAUUACAAUUACCAAAUGUUCAAACAUUUGUUGUUAUAUUAUUAAUAUCAAAAUUAGGAUUUCAAGUUAAUGAAGCUGCAACAAAUUUAAAAUUAUUAGAAAAGGGAUUAUCAAAAGAAGAUUUAUCUAUUACAGUUUUAAUUGAUUUCCCAUUUGAAUUAAUCUUUGGUUAUUAUGCUGGUUCAUGGGCUUCAGGUAAAACUCCUUUAAAACCAUGGUUAUUUGGAUUUAUUGGUAGAUUAAUUGCAGCAGUAUUUGCUCAAUUUGUAGUCUAUUUCUUUCCUCAAGAUGGUAAAGUUUCGGGAUUCUAUUUUAUUCUAAUUAUUUUACAACAUUUAUUAAGUUCAUUCAUGUCAACUAUUCAAUUCGUUUCCCUUUGUGCAUUCCAUACAAAAAUUGCUGAUCCUUCAAUUGGUGGUACAUAUAUGACAACUUUAAAUACUUUAUCUAAUUAUGGUGGAACUUGGCCUAGAUUAAUAUUAUUUUAUCUUAUUGAUAAAUUAACUAUUGCCAAAUGUGAAAAUCCUUCCUUAGGAGAUUUAUAUGAUAUUACUUCAGAAACAAUUAAAGAACAAUGUAAAGAAUCAGGAGGUAAAGUAAUAAUCUUAAGAGAUGGUUAUUAUUAUACCAAUGCUAUGUGUGUUAUUCUUGGGAUAUUUAUAUUCUUCUGGGUUAAAAGAAAAACUGCCCAUCUACAGAGCUUACCCAAUAGUGCUUGGAGGGUAAACAAAUAGAUUAUAUAAGAUUAUAUAUAUGAUAUAUAUAUAUAUAUAUAUAUAU